AUGGCCGAUGAAGAAGGUUCUUCGAUUCUGGAUGACUCUCCGAUCGAGCAAGUUCGGUUGACAGUCCCACCAACAGAUGAUAACACAUUGCAGGUCUUGACAUUCCGAACAUGGCUUAUCGGAAUCCCCAUUUGCAUCCUCGAGUCCGUAAGUGCAGCAUUAUCCUUUUACCGACAGCAAAUGUUCUAUUUUUCACAUGUCUGCAUCAACAUGAUGGUGUUCAUUGCUGGGAAACUAAUGGCUAACAUGCUACCGAACAAAGUGAUAAGAAUGCCAUACACAAACUGGAGUUUCUCGUUGAAUCCGGGACCCUUCAACUUGAAAGAACAUGUGGUGACCUCCAUGUUGGCCGGCACGGCAAGUGCUUCUGCCGGCUUUGAAAUAUUAACCAUAUCCAAGAUCUUCUACCACAAGGAUAUCCCGUUACUGCCGGCCAUGCUGCUGGUGCUAUCGAUUCAGUUUCUCGGAUAUGGGUUUGCUGGCAUAUUCAUGAAGUUGCUAGUGGACUCGCCUUAUAUGUGGUGGCCUUCGACUCUAGUAGAUGUCUCCUUCUACAGAGCAUUACACGAGCCGGAGAAAAGAGCCAAAGGAAAAUUGUCACGAUAUCAGUUUUUUGUCGUAGUCAUCGUUGCAACUUUUACCUACAGUAUUGUUCCUGUUUACCUUUUUCCUUCUAUCACGGCUCUAUCGUUCGUUUGUUGGAUAUGGAAAGACUCGAUAACUAUGCAGCAAAUUGGUUCUGGAUUCAAUGGAUUAGGCAUCGGGUCCUUUGCGUUGGAUUGGAUGACCAUGUCAUCCUACCUGAACAGUCCUCUGGCAGUUCCUGCAUUUGUGGUGGUCAACAUGAUGGCCGGAUUCAUUCUUAUUCUUUAUGUUCUAAUACCAUUAUCUUAUUGGAAUAAUGCGUACGAUGCCAAACGCUUUCCUAUUUUUUCAUCAAGUAUUUUUGACAUCGAUGGGUAA